GGCUGGAGGGUCCGCGGGCCAUGUGGGUCCCUGCCCUGCUCCUGCUCAUCACCCCCGUCCUGCUGCCCCCAGCUGGCACCACUGACCCGGACCAGCUCUGCCCGUCAGAGAUGAACAAGGUCAAGGACAUUCUGGAGGUGAACUGCACAGGGCAGACUCUCAGUGCGGUGCCCCCAGACCUGCCUGCGGACACGGGCAUCCUGCUGCUCAGCACCAACCGCCUGACAUCCGUCUCCACUGCCGCCUUCCUGAACCUCAAACAGCUGCAGGACCUCGACCUGUCCCACAACGGGCUGGUGGAUCUGGACACUAACAUCCCGCUGCCAUCCCUGAGGGAGCUGAUCCUCUCCCACAACGCGCUGGGGGCCCUGCCUGUCCUGGAGGGCCUGCCCAUGCUCACCCGCCUGGCCGUGGCUCACAACAGCUUGACACAGCUGAGGCCAGGGGCUUUCCAAGGUAUGUCACAGCUGAAGGACCUGGACCUGCGCGGGAACCAGCUCCGGACGCUGCCCGAGGACGUCUUCGCAGGGCUGAAUGCGCUCGAGGACUUGGACCUCUCGGAUAACCUCCUGGAGCAGCUGCCCAAGGACCUGCUGCAGGAUCUGAAAAAGCUGGUGACCCUCUGGCUCUCGGGGAACCGCCUGCGGGCGCUGCCCAGUGAAUUCUUCCCUGAGGGGCACCUCUUCAUGUAUGUCUUCCUCACUGAGAACCCCUGGCACUGCGACUGUGACCUGCUCUACCUGAAGGCCUGGAUCCGGCAGAACGAGGGCAGUGUCUAUCAGCCGGAGCGGGGUCUGGAGAAGACAAAGGUGGAAGUCGCCCCUGAGAAGGUGCUGUGUCACAGCCCUGCCGAGCAUCAGCGGAAGCCCAUCAUCUACUUCAAGUCCAACUGCAGCAGUGUGGGGGAUGAAGAGGAAGAGUAUGACGACUACGGUGAGGAAGAAACAAAGGAAAAAGCGACCGGGAUGGCCCCGGGUCCAUCUGUCCCCGAAGAGCACCCUACCAUGCCCCGUGCUGUUACCUGGCUUCCCCUCACCACCUCAGGGCCUCCCCUCAGCACCCCUUGUAGCUCCACCCUUGCCCCAAGCACUUUGCUUGAGGUGCCUCCAAGCACCAGAGCUCCCAGCACCACCGCUCCGGUGCCAGCCAGUCCCGCCCGCACACCCGCACAGGCGCCCAGCACUGCCACCGCUCUCCUUUCUGCUCCCGCUAGGACCCCCCCCAGACCCACCACCCCCGUCCCGAUCACCUCACCGCCAGCCGCUACGAGCACCGGACCUCCCAGCACGAGCAGCGGUCCCCAAAGCACCCUCAACACCUCCGCCGCUCCCAUGGUGUCCACCGGCCUAUUCGCCCCCAACCCCACGGCAGCGCCUUCUCCUGCCACGCUAGAGGCCUCUUCAGCCGCCAGAUCUUCGUCUCCUCCUCUGACAUCCACCACACCAGCGGGCUCCACCGCCACACUUCCCACUCGGGCCCCAGCACUGUCGACAACCCUGGGCACCGCUCGCUUCACCCGGCCUGACCGUCCCCCUCCUCCUGGCCGUCUCCCCUUCUGCCCGUGCUCCAGCCCGGAGCACACCGCACCUGUGCUGCGCUCGCGGGCAGGUGGGGAGGGCCCACAGUGGGGGCAGUGGGUGCUGAGGCACUGCUGCCUAUUGCACUGGGUGCUCUACCUGGCCUGCUUGGGUCUGCUGGUCCUGAGCGUGCUGGCUCUAGCAGGCUGGCUGGUGUGGGGGUGUCUGGCGGGACGGCCCUCCUGGCGCAAGCCCCUGCAGACCCAAGAGGAUCAGCGUCCUCUGCUGAGGCUGAAGGAGCCGGCAGAAGGCAGCCCUGCGAUGGAGCUCAGCACCUUCAGAAGCCCCCUCCGGCGCCCCACGUUCUGCACCAUCAGGGAAGUGGAGCUGUGCCCCGAGAUCACUUACUGCACAAUUAAAGAUGUGGAGAUACAGCGCAGUCCUCCCGCGAACACCUCCUUCUGCACCACAAAGGAGCUCUGGGUCCACCGCAGCCCUCCGAACGCCCCGGUCAAGUCUUUCUCCGGGAAUAGGAUGGUCACGGACCUCGACCCCCUGAGCAGCCCUUCUGCUUACAGCCUGGACGGGGGUGUCGAGGCCAUCGGCGGCGUCCGAGUGAAAUACGCUGGCAGCUCCUUGUGAGUGCUCCGGUGCACGAGCGAAGGAGACGGCGGGUCAUGGCUCUGCGCCGGGUGCUUUGUUUUAGGGGGGAAGCAGCUGCUUGCCCAGCGGGGAGCCAUCCAGCUCCUUCCUCUAGCGUUGCUCUCACACACCCUGGAGUUUCUAGAGCUGAAAUAAUUACUUGGGUAACCGGCAGGGGGGAGACGUCUUAAACUGGUCAGUGACAGUUUGGGGCUGCCGCUGCCUGGUUUCGGGGUGAGCGUGAGGAAGAAGAGCUUACUUUGCAUUCUAUGCCCCAACUGCUUCUGUUUGGGUGAUGCACAUAAAAACACGCUGUGCUUUCAACUCAGUGCCAGGCUGUCAAUCACAGAAUAAAUACUC